GCAUACACACCGACAGAUACAUACACACACACACACAUACAAAUUAUACUCAAUCGUACAGAGGUCUAUUUCUUUUAUUUUAAUCUUAUUGAAAGUGUCUCGACAAAAUCAUGCAUAACAUACAUACACAAAUAGGUACACGUUUAAACGCGCGCAGAUAUGCACGUAGUCCUCACUACUGCACGACGUCACUGACUCACAGCCGUACGUUUAACGAAGUCUAACUUUCACUGGUGGGGUACGCGAGUCCGUAGAAAAUUCACUAAUUACAACAGAUGUAAACUCGCUGCUGAACAGGCGUUACUUGUGUUUGCUGGUCGCUUCCUUUCCCCCGCUUUUCUCUCAACUCUUUUCACUUUCUCUCUUUCGAUUAACACCACACGCACAGAUUCAACCAGGCGUAUAAAUAUAAAACUCUCUAUAAAAAGCUUCAUACAUAAGACUACUAAAUAGCUGUCGUCGUCUAUAAGCAUUUAUCGAUUAACUGAAAUGUAUAUAUAUAUAUCUAUACAUAAAAACAAAAACUUAUGUGUAUCCAUUUAACAUUAAUUAAUAAAUAAUAUAUUUAAAUAUAACAUAAACCACCUCAUUCUCUGAUUUCCCAAAUUAAAUCCCAAAGGAAUUUCAGGAUGAGUUGAUUCUUCGGAGAUAAUUACCUGAAGAGAUGGGAAUAAAGUGGUAACUCUUACUAUUUAUAAGCUGUGACAUUUGGGUAAGCAGAUAUAGCACUGACCAUUUUCAAAGUUGAAUUAGAGCUAUCUCAUACUGAUGCAAUUGGUUUUUGCAAGACUUUGAAAGAAUUCCUGCUUGUCUACCUAAUAUUGAGUAAUCCAGUAUAAGGGGUAGAAAAUGGGUCAAGCAAAUACACACACCUAUGCAAACAAUAUCGAUAUAAAAAUGUUAUGGCCUAAAUCACAAACUUUGAUGAAAGAGGCAAGCAAAUCUUGUUCAGAUCUGGAUCUAGAAGUUUGUUCCAAUAUGGCAGAGGAUGACCAGUGUGUUGUGCCUGGCCAGCUUAUCUAUAAGCUACGUCAGCAACUUAUUGAAAAAGACAAUGCUAUAAAGCAGCUUGGCAGUGAAUAUGACCACAAUCUUUCCAAAGUCUUAUCUAGCCUUCUAUACUUAGAAGGCAAGCUGCACCGGGAACAAAAGAAUAUUGUACGCCUGAUGGAGCAGAAAGACAGUGUAAUCAGUCGUCAAGACCUACAAAUAAAACAGUUAUAUAAACGGAUACAUAUUUUACAAUCUUCAAUAACUGAUAUCCAAAGUAAAAUGGACUCUAAUGGAAUGACUCAGUCUCUGCAUGAGAAAUAUUCAGUGAACUCUUCAGACUUAGCAAGUAGCACUAAGUCAGAUAUAACUAGCAAAAGAUCUGAGAGGUAUUCUAGUAAUUCUGACAUGACAAGUUCUCAGUCGAAUAUAAACUCUAACAUGAACUCCAGCGUAACAAAUAUCAGUGGCAAUGAAGGAAAUUCUAUUUUUAAACAAUUUAGUAAGCCUCUUCGUGAUAAAUUUACUCGUCACAAAAGCAGUGUGGAUCUCCGCAGUUUUAAAUUACUGAAUGAUUCAGAUGGGGAAUAUAGCUACCGAAGUAUGGAGAAUAUUCCACAGGUAGUACGGCGUGAGAAAAAAACGAGAGAUAAAGAACGAUGUAUGAGUAUUGCAGGUUAUCCAAAUUUUGAAAGAUUUGAAAAUGAUCCUGAAUUGACAGCUUUUAUGAAAUCUUUUCAUGUCACUAAUCAAACAUUAGCUGAAGUUUCUGGAAACAGUGUUGAAAAUUUAGCUCAUUCUCAACUAGAGAAGCAGGGAGACACAAGGGAUGGGGCACCAGAAAAAGUUGGUAAACCAACACACAUACAGCUUUUGAAAGCAAAAGAUGAUCUCUCACCAACCAAAAUCUCUCCUGCCAUGACAGAACAACCAAAUGGAACAUCCAUUCACACAAGUCACAGACAUACUGAAACAAAUCCAUUAAAAUUCCUUCGUGAUACUUUCAAACGGAAAGGGAGUCGGCAAGUUAAAAACAAAAAACAGUCAUUUAACUUAAAACAGAAUACAACCAAAGACUCAUUGGUAACCCUAAAGUUUAAUGAAAAGCAUGGAAAUUCUUAGCAAAUUCCAAUCUGUACCUUUUGUAAUGGUGUGUGUGAGUGAAAAGAGUGAUGACAGUGUAUAAAUAAGAGAGAAACAAAAACAAGAGAAAAAAUAAAUAUUUGAGUAUUGUUUCUUUUGACUUAAAAUACUUUAUUAAAUUGAUAAAGGUUAUUGAAACUGUCUAGCCAGCUUCCUUUUUAAAAUAAAAAUUGGUUCUAAAAAAUAAAAAUUGUAGAUUUUAUUGUUACAACAUAAAAACCUUUAUUGAUUUAAUAAUACCAUCACCAAUUAUUUAAGUUUUUUUAUAAAUAUAAAGAAAACCCAAAAAGAAAAUAAGGUGAAAGUCCUGUUAUAUUUGGUAUAAAAUAUUUCUGGAAUUCUGUUUUAUUAUGUAAAAGACUUGCCAUCGACACAACAGGAAAUUUCAGUCAAUUGAUACUAACAAAUUUUCUGUAUAUCUCUAAAAAAGAAAGACAUUGUGUAACAAAAACCAAGAUUAUUUCAAAUUAAAAUUCAGUAAUGUAUAACUUUUAAAA